CAUUUCCACGUGUCGUCUCGCGCCGUUUGUUUCCGAUAUGAUAACGGCCCGCUAUGCCUGGAGCGAAUUACGAGCCGAUGAUUGUAGAAAAUCCAGUAGAACGGUAGAACGUUCGAUGUGCGAGAGAAAACGGGAAUUGGUAUUGGCUAUUUAAUGUACGUACGUAUCGAGCUACCGGCACAUGUGCGCCGGUAACCACGUGGGGACCACGUGGUCAUGACGUAACGCCGCCCGGCGGAUUCUGUGUUAACCUGAAAUUUGACGAAACCAGUGAAACGAAGCUCGGAUUCUACUUGACUUGAUUGAUAAGACGCGAGAAAACUUGACGUUUAUUUCUAAUGUCUUAAUCGAUCGAUAAGGAUUCCACGUUGGAAUCCUUAUCGAUGUCCAAUUGGUGGAUACUGUUUUUAGGACCAGAAGCUGUCAAAUUGGACCCAUAAGGGGAUCCUUUCUGAAACAUCCAUCGUGAUGUUAUCCUUAGUGUCUAUCUCGGGCAAUGUAAUCCUUUGUACCUCUUUAGGUCCUUGAAAAAUAUUAAUUGAGUCCCGUUGACGGAUUCCCCUCGGCUGAUCGACUUUCAAGAAACAGGACCCGGAAAAUCGAUCCUGGGGUUUCCGGAGAGUGACGUCAAGUCGAGUUCGCGUUUUGUUUUCACCUCCAGAAAUCCCAUCCGCGGUUUCUCGAGUCACGCGAGCAGCGCUGCGAUCGUCGAGUCGACCUCGGGACGAAAAAGGAGAGGCGAUCGGUCGGCUCGCGCAGGCGCCAUCCUUGUCGCAGUGUGAUAUCCUUCCUCGUGACGAGAAAGGAGAGCCGGGAGAAAACACGGGCGAAGUCGGCAAAUAAGUGUCAACGAAGCCACAUGAUGGAUCCCUGGUCUCGACGCGGGCUGGGAAGAGAUGCGAGAAUCGAUCCUGGCGACAGGUGUCGUCCAGGACUCGACAGGAAGCAUCCUUACCUGCUGAUCGCCGCCGCCAGGAUGGCGCAAAAGCCGGAAGACAGAGAAGUGACCGUGGCGAGUGGAUAUUGGAAGUUCGCCGCGCACAACUUCCUACGCAGCAGGAUCCAGGAGUCCGAUGGAGGCUUCUUCGAGAAGCUGGGCACUCUGCUGGCCGAGCGAGUCCGCGUCCAGGAGGAGGCCGAAGGACCACUUCCUCGGAAAACCGACUCAAAGGAGGAGGAGAAGGUGGAGGAUGAGCAGAGGUCCAGUGUAGGAAGCAGCGAGGAUCCUGAGGACCCGACCGAAGCCAUUUUGGAGACCGACAGCGACAGAGAUGAGGCGGAACUCAUCCUCGACACUCUGGCCGAGUCCGUAGGCUGGAACAUCGAGAAGCUGUACUCCUCUCUCGUCUACCUGACGCAGCAUCAGAUCGGAUAUGACGUCUCCAACGAGUGCGGCGAGGAGGCACUUCUAGAUUAUUUGCAGCGAGCUUUCAAGAUCGACGACGAAACGCAAGCUCAAGCCCUGGAGGAAGCCCGCGCCAUGGAGGCACCGGAGUUGCACCUCGGCGUGGAGGUGAUAGAAGCCAAAGAGCUCGUAUCCAAAGACGCGAAUGGUAAAAGCGAUCCAUUCUGCGCCCUCUACCUCGAGUCUUCACCAACUAGACGCUACAACACUGCCGUAAAAACGUCGACGCUCAGUCCAGUCUGGGAAGAGCACUUUGAACUGCCACUGGAAGACCCUGAGAACGACACUCUCACUCUCGAAGUCUGGGACUUCGACGCCGCAGAGACGGUCCCAGAGAAGAUCAACAAAGUGAAGGAUGUAAAAGGUGUCCGCGGUUUGGUGAAGCUCGCGAAAGAGAUAGCCGUGACAGCCACCACGGGAAGCCAUGAUAACGAGUUCAUAGGUCGAGCCCGGAUAGCCCUGAAGGACAUCCCAGUAGCAGGACACACGACGUGGUAUCCCUUGGAGAAGAAGAACAAAUCCAAGCGUCGAGGUGUCGUUCGCGUAAGGUUGGCCUUCAGCGCCGAGCACAAUGCCCAGGUCGCCGUCCAGGAGCACAGACACUUGCUGAGGAUAUUGCUGCUGCACGAGCUGGAGUCAAGCAAGAUCGAGAAAUAUUGCUGGAACGGUCGUUGGUCAGGUCCCGCCGAGGCGCUAAUCCUUCGACACGUCGCCCAGCGUGGGAUUCCGACGAGGAAUGUCUCUUUAGCCAGGUGGAUUGAAUUCUCCAACGUGCACCAGGAGCAUCCCUUGAGUUUCACGCUCUUCGAGGAGCUGGCCCUGGAGACGGUCAGGCCUCUGGAGAACGGGCUCUACUCCAAGGACGAGACCAGGCUCUACUGGGAGGCGUCGAAAAAGCUGCUCUACUCGUGCUUGAACUGUCUGCGGAAGAUCAGGAGGCUGGCCCUUGGAGACAGGAACGUGACGAAUCAGCUGGCUGCGAUCCUGGGGAUCCUGUCAUCCGUGUCUUCGGUAAAAGUCCCAGAAGACGUCGACCUGUUCCCCUCGAAGAUGUACACCUGGUUGCCGGAGGACCCUGAAGAGUCGAGGCUGGACGUUUUCCAGGCAUUAGAGGCUACCGUCGUCCAAGGCGGAGUGGAAUGGUACGACCAUAUCAUCCACAACAACUUGCCAGAGGACGGCUCAGACGAGCAGGCGUUGAAGACCCAGAUCAAAGUCAUUCAGCUCAUCAGGGCGGACCUGCAACGAGCGAUGGAAUUCUAUGACAAGCUGUUCCUGAAGAAGAUCAAUUUCCCUUACGCGAGGACCCUGUACCUGAUGUAUGAGAAAAGAAUCAGCGACAUGUGUGCCAUCGUCGUUGAGGACGUUUGUGCCAGGGUGAAGCGCAUCGAGAUAGACAGUGAAGAAGAUGCCGAACUUUCCUUGGGCACCACCCUGUUUGAACUCUACCUCACUCUCCAAAGAUACGCGAUGCUGGGUCAACAUAUGUGGGCCGCUGGCCUCGACUCGACGAAGAUCCACAACUACCACGAGUGGUUCAGAGCUGGAGUUGCUCAUUGGCUCGACAUAGCCGUUUACAAGGCACUCAAGCGAAUCGACAGAGCCGUCGACUUCGACACUUUGCAGCCCGUUGACUCCAGUGUGAGGUACAGCUCGAGUGCCGUCGAUACCCUGACGAUCUUCUACCAGAUUAAGGUCUUCUGGACCCAGCUGGCCUGGCCGGACGUGGAAGGGUCCUACACCUUCAUCGCCAAGAUCAUUGACGACAUCUGCAAGUGCUCCAUGGCGUAUGCAGACAAGAUGGCGAUAAAGGCGGAAAAGACGACGACCUUGGAGCAGGAGGCGGAGAACAAUGGUAGCGUGUACGAGAAAAAGUUCCAGGUGUCCAAUGCUUGGUGCUACGCCAUCAACAACAUCGAUUAUAUAAGGACGUCCAUCGGACCCUUGGCAAACGACUUGGGCUUCCAGGACAUCGUCGACACCCUCUGCGAGGACAAGACCCAGCAAGAAGCGGAGAGGUGUCAGCAGACUUUGCAGCUCAUCAUCGAUUGCGCCACCGAUACCGUCAAGAACAGGAUUGUGGAACUGUUGGAGGAGGUGGCCAGCAAAAUGGCACCGGCUAUGAGGAGGUACCUCAUCGAGGGGGCCGAGUUGAUAGACACGACGAGCAACGCGAUGGACCGGUUGCUUCAGUACCUAGACUCGAAUCUGUCCACCUUGCAUGACAACCUCAACGAGGACAACUUUGAGCGCAUCCUGAUGGUCACUUGGGAGAUCAUGUCGGCGACGCUCUACCAGCUGGUCCAUGACAAUUUGGAGAAAAGGAGGCCUCCAUCAUUUUACUCCAACCUGCACCGCACCCUGCACACGCUCAUUCGGUUCUUCAACCUGGGAGCUGACGAGACGGCGAACGUCCAAGUGCUGGAGAAGAUCGAGCGGCUGCUGAAACUUCAUGGAUUAGAGACUGCGGAACUGAUCCAUCGGUACAAUAAGGAACGAUUAGAGGAGCAGAAGAACCUGGAGGACUCCAGUUUUGGGCAACUCACUGUCAAGGCGAGGUUCCUGGACAACUCCCUCAACGUCCAGAUCCUCAACGCCAGGAACCUCCGUGCGAUGGACAGUAAUGGCGCUUUUAUAGGCAAGCUGUCGACUCUUGAGCGCAAACUGCACUCGAAGUCUAAACAAAGACUGACAAGAGAGGGGACGACAAGAAAAUGCGAUCCCUACGUGAAGGUGCGGAUACUUCCUGAAGAGAAGUUCCCUCAGACCAAGGCCAUCAAGACCCACGUGCAGAAGGAGACCCUCUUCCCCCUAUUCGAUGAAACGUUCAACAUUCCUCUGACCACGGAGCAGAGAGAAACGGAGGACGCCAUAUUGUCGUUCGAGGUGAAGGACAAAGACUUCUUGAAAACCAGAUUCAUAGCGGAAGCGUUCAUGUCAUUCGAAGAGAUCCCUGUUUCCAAUCACGAAGAAGGCAUCGAGUCCAUUGAGCAGGUUCAUCUUAUCCUGUCUCGUCCAAUGAAUAGGAGUUCGGAUGCCAUUCGAGCUCUGGAACACAGAAAAGGAGACAAUCAGGCUGUGGACUUUGUAUCGAAACUCAAUAGCAAAGCCAAUUCGAGAUAAUUGCGCUGCCGAUAAUAUGUACCUCCAUGAAGGUUUCCUUCGUCCAUGAUGUCGAUCACUUACGAUUAUUUUUUUAUACGUACCUACAAAAUGAAAUAGUGGGACGCGAGAUGCGUCCACAGCUUUUAGAAUAAACUAUGUUAAGCCGAUGGCAAAAGUCUUCCCCUUAAAGGAGUAAGGCUGCCCCAUAAAAAAUCCGCAUUUUAAUUACAGAUAAAAAUUUUGAUGAUAUCGAACCAUUAUCCUCGAUUUAAAUUUUUAAUCGCCUUUUUUAAACGAUUGUACAUGACGCUUACGCAUUACCUUGACCAAAGGCAAUACUCUCUUAUCAUACGCGUUUCGAAAUUGAAGUAAUUUCUUAACGUGAAGAUUUUCUUACGUAUACGCAUUGUAAAUACCUCUCGAUUAUACUAUUUAUACAAGUCCCGAGAAUAAAAUAAAACAUUUUAAGAAAAAA